CGCGUCAACUUUCAAAUUUGACACAACAUGCAGGAAAGCUGGCGGGCAGCAGAGCUACCACCGCCGCUCGAGACGGAGGCGCUUGUACAGCAGAACCUGAUCGCGCGCUCGGAGCUGGAGGCGUGGGUAGAAGCGCAGAAGACGCGCAUCCUGGAGGAGAAGCGUGCCGACCAGCUGCAGUCGCAGGAGCAUGCUCGCGCCUCGGACGAGGCUCAACGAAAGCGCGAGAUGCUGCAGACCGAGCACCAGAAGAUCUCGGCAGACACUCACGCCAAGGAGAGGGAGCUGAACGCGAGCCAAGUGGAGAUCGAGGUGUUGGAGGCUGAGAAGAGUCGACGCGAGCCUGUGGUCAAGCAAUUAUUCGAGAGGACAGUAGAAGAGGACGCAAAGCUCAAACAGCUUCUGGAGGACUCGCAGAGGCAGCGCACGACCCAGGAGCAGCAGCUGCAGGAGCUCAAGCAAGGUCUCGCUAUGUACCAGAGACUUGGACUAUUCUUCGAGCACGCAGAGGCGGAUCGCAUUGUGGUGCGAUUCACGCAGAUCGACGCUCAGAAUCCGAGUCGUGAGUUCUCAUUCCGGAUCACGAUCGACCCCAUCACCGAUCGAUAUAUUGUGGACGCCUGUAGCGAAAACGUGGCUUCGCUGAACCAACUCGUGACGGAUCUUAACGAGAACGGGGACUUGGCGCUUUUCAUUCGCUCCAUGCGCCGUCAGUUUAAGCAACUUGUGUAGAAUUCACUUUAUAUACGACGGCGUUUUGUAUUUUGUUGUGG